AUGGGAAGGCUGAUCAAGAACCAUUGGGCGAGGCUCGUCGUCCUCUCGUCAGCAGCUUACCAAGUCACUGCCGCUGUCCACGCCUUUUUCUGGCCCAAGAUUCUCUGGGACUUCCUCACCAAAACCCUCGACCCAGCUGUCCGACCGAUACCAGUGCUCCAAAUCAUCAACCUGAUUAUGGGUUUGUUGUUGCUCGCCUGGGAAUGGCCGCUCAGCUUCAUCGCCGGCUCCAGCAUUCACCGCAGUCUUGAGGCCCGCCUGGCCUUCCUUCCUCUCGCCGCUCUUGCCUCAUCACUAUUGUACCAAGGCGCCAAUGCUGCGAUUUACUACGUGAUCGGCAUGGCUGUGUAUUUUUGGGCAUACAGCGAGGGAGAGAUGAUUUGCGCAAAGCCCUGGACUCUUCCGCAGCGGGCUCCUCGAGGUGGUGGUUCACGUGUCUGA